AUGAAUGAUAUUGGUUCCAAUGGAGGUGGAUUGUUCUUUGUGUAUGGUUACGGAAGAACAUGCAAGACGUUCAUGUGGAAAAUGUUAUCGUCAAAGAUAAGCAGCUACAAUGAUAUUGUUCUGAAUAUUACUUCCAGUGGAAUAGCAUCUUUGCUCUUGCCGGGAGGCAGGCCGACGCAUUCCAGAUUUGCUAUACCACUCUCGUUGAACGAAGAUUACAUCCCACAUGUAAUAUAUCGGAAGGCAGUUACCUUGCUGAUCGAUGAACUUAUAAUAAUGAGCAAAUUGAUAAUAUGGGAUAAAGCACUGAUGACGCACAAACACUAUUUUGAGACUUUGGACAAAACCAUGAGGGAUCUAUUGAGGUUUGCCACACCGGGUAGUGCUGAAAAGACUUUUGGUGAAAGGACAAUAGUUUUGGGCAGCGAUUUUAAACAGAUCCUACCUGUUAUUCCGAAAGCAACAAGACCAGUAGUUGUCUUAGCAAAUAUUAAUUCUUCAUACAUGUGGACAAAUUGCAAGGUAUUAAGACUCACCAAUAACUUGAGACUAUGA